AUGAAUUGGAUAUCUGUGUGUUUAUUGUGCUCACUAAUCAAUCCUGUUUUUUUGGAUACUCAAAAACCAACCUUUACCAUUGACUAUGAAAAUAAUGAAUUCCUCAAAGACGGCAAAGUAUUCCGAUAUGUUUCUGGUUCAUUGCACUAUUUCCGAAUCCCUCAACCUUAUUGGAAAGAUAGAAUUCAAAAAAUGAAAGCUGCUGGAUUGAACACCAUAACAACUUAUGUAGAAUGGAGUUUACAUGAACCAUUUCCUGGAGUGUAUGAUUUUGAAGGGAUUGCUGAUUUGGAGUAUUUUAUUGAAUUAAUCAAAAAUGAAAACAUGUAUCUAAUUUUGAGACCAGGACCAUAUAUAUGCGCUGAACGAGAUUUUGGUGGAUUUCCAUAUUGGUUAUUAAAUGUGACGCCUAAAAAGAGCUUGCGGACUAACAACUCAAAUUAUAAAAAAUAUGUUUCGAAAUGGUUUAGUGUGCUUAUGCCAAUAGUUCAACCUCAUUUAUAUGGAAAUGGAGGAAAUAUAAUUUUGGUCCAGGUAGAAAAUGAGUAUGGAAGUUAUUAUGCCUGCGAUUCCGAGUAUAAAUUAUGGAUACGUGAUUUAUUUAGGAGUUACAUAGAAGAUAAGGCUGUGCUUAUUACGAUUGAUGGAUGUGGUCAGUCAUACUUUGACUGUGGCGUUAUUCCAGAAGUGUACGCUACUGUAGAUUUUGGAGUUUCAUCAAACGCUUCCCAAUGUUUUGACUUAAUGAGAAAGGUUCAAAAAGGGGGUCCACUAGUGAACUCGGAGUUCUAUCCCGGUUGGUUAACUCAUUGGCAAGAAUCAGAAUCUAUAGUAAACACCAUCGAUGUUGUAAAACAAAUGAAAGUAAUGUUGGCAAUGAAUGCUUCGUUUAGCUUUUAUAUGUUUCACGGAGGUACAAAUUUUGGAUUCACAUCGGGAGCGAAUACAAAUGACACCAUAGAAAGUAUUGGAUACUUACCGCAGUUGACCUCAUACGAUUAUAAUGCUCCAUUGGAUGAAGCUGGAGACCCUACUGAAAAGUAUUUCAAAAUUAAACAGACACUUGAAGAAGCCAAAUAUGCUGUGACAAACGAGAUAUCACCUAAUCCCUCACCUAAAGGUGCCUAUGGAAAAUUCUAUUUAAAACCUUUGGUUAGCAUAUUUGAAAAGGUUGCUCAACGUAUUAAACCAGUGAUCAGUAAUGUCCCUUUACCGUUUGAGGACUUAGAUAUUAACACUGGUUUUGUAAUGUAUGAAACAACAUUAACAGAUGAUCAAAAGAAUGUUGAAAAUCCAGUAAACCUAACUGUGAACACGGUUAGAGAUCGAGCAAUCAUUUACCUGGAUCAAGUACAAGUGGGUACUAUGAAUCGGUUAAAAGCUAAUACUACAAUAGGAUUAAACAUUAACCGCACUGUUCAAAACCUAAGCAUUUUAAUUGAGAAUCAGGGAAGGAUUAAUUUUGGAGACUUUAUUGAAGAUAGGAAGGGAAUUUUUGAUCAAGUGAUUCUCGGAAACAAAAUAUUGAGCCCUUGGAAAAUGACUGCAUAUCCUUUGAAUGAUACAUCAUGGAUUUCUUCGAUCAAAUCAGUUAAAAAUGUCAAUAGUGUUAAAUUACCAGCAUUUUAUAAAACACAGUUUACAUUACCAGUAAACUAUACAAAAUGUUUAGACACUUAUUUGGACACUUCAGGCUGGACAAAGGGUGUAGUGUUUUUAAACAAUGUAAACCUUGGUCGGUAUUGGCCACUUGGUGGACCUCAAGUUACACUUUAUGUGCCAGCUCCUUUUUUAAAACCAUCACCUUAUGUCAAUACACUAGUGAUGUUGGAACUUGAAGGUACAUCUCAAGAUUUGUCCGUGAAAUUUGUGGAUAAACCUAUUCUUGAUGGUCCUAUAAUGACAUAG